AUGCCUGAAGAAGGCCAAUAUUAUGGAAAGCAUGGUGAGCCUAGGAAGUAUGAUCCAACAUUCAAAGGCCCACUUCAGAACAGGAGCUGCACAGACAUUGUGUGCUGCAUCCUCUUCAUUCUUGCCAUAUUAUGCUACAUUGGAGUUGGAAUUCUUGCUUGGUCGCAGGGUGAUCCCAGGAAGGUGAUCUAUCCCACAGACAGCCGAGGCCAGUUCUGCGGGCAGGCUGGCACGCCGCUUGAGAACAAGCCACUGUUAUUCUACUUCAACAUCAUGAAGUGUGCCAGUCCCUUGGUGCUACUGGAGUUCCAGUGUCCAACCACCCAGAUGUGUGUGGAAAAGUGUCCUGAGAAGUUCAUGACAUUGAUAAAAGCUUACAGAAAUGGAAAAGACUUUGAUUACUACAAGUCCUUCUGCAAGGAAGGCGUGACUAACUCUAUGGCUGUAACUGAAAUCCUAAAGUUGGGUCUGUGUCCUGCCAUGCUGACCCCUAGCAAGCCUUUCACCCGAAGGUGCUUCCCAGCUUUGGGCCAAAAGGGAGGAGUGAUAACUGUGGGAAACAACUCUCACUUUGAUGAUGGUACUGGAAAGAUGAGAGAUGCCAAGGAUCUUGUCGAAGGAGUGAAGAAUGCAACAGUGGUGAUUGAAGCACGCCAGGUGGUCAUGAAAAUCUUCGAGGAUUAUACACAAUCUUGGUAUUGGAUAUUGAUAGGUUUGGUGAUUGCGACCGUCCUUAGCCUGGUCUUCAUCGUCCUCCUGCGAUUUCUGGCUGGAAUCAUGGUCUGGGUCAUGGUAGCCUUGGUUAUAAUAGUGAUAGGAUACGGUAUUUUCCACUGCUACAUGGAAUAUGCUGCCCUGAAGGGAGCGCCUGGUGCUGACGUGACCUUGCAGGAUCUUGGCUUCCAGACAGACUUUGCCGUUUACCUUCAGAUCAGACAGACUUGGCUGGCCUUCAUGAUCAUUCUUGCCAUAGUAGAAGUGAUCAUUAUCCUGUUGCUCAUCUUUCUCCGGAAAAGGAUCCUAAUUGCCAUUGCACUCAUCAAAGAAGCCAGCAAAGCCGUUGGACAUGUGAUGUGUUCCCUCCUCUACCCAUUGUUCACUUUUCUACUUCUGGCUAUAGUCAUCGCCUACUGGGCCACUACUGCUGUUUUCCUGUCUACUUCAAAUGAACCGGUGUACAAAGUAUUCAAUGAGACUUCGUGUGAGCACUCAAGAAAAACAUGUGAUCCAGCUAACUACACAACCACAACUAUGAAAGCUCAGUGCCCGGACUCGGAGUGCCUUUUUGCCUUCUAUGGGGGAGAGACUGUUUACCACAAAUACUUGAUUGGCUUGCAGUUCUACAACGUCUUCCUCUUCUUUUGGUGUGCCAACUUUGUCACAGCGUUGGGACAGAUGACAUUGGCUGGGGCCUUUGCCUCCUACUACUGGGCUUUUGUCAAGCCAGACGACAUGCCUUCCUUUCCGCUCUUUUCUUCUCUCGGGAGAUCUCUCAGGUAUCACACAGGAACUCUGGCAUUUGGUUCCCUGAUCCUUUCAAUUAUCCAGAUCAUUAGAGUUCUGCUGGAAUAUCUGGACCAUAAACUUAAAGGAGCCCAUAAUAAGUGUACCAGGUUUCUCCUGUGCUGUCUGAAGUGCUGUUUUUGGUGCCUGGAGAAAUGCAUCAAGUUCAUAAAUAGAAAUGCCUACAUUAUGGUGGCAAUAUACGGCAAAAACUUCUGUACAUCUGCCAGAGAUGCCUUUUUCCUACUCAUGAGGAAUAUGAUCAGGGUGGCCGUGUUGGACAAAGUCACAGAUUUCCUUUUGUUUUUGGGCAAAUUGCUCAUUGUUGGACUCGUGGGUGUCUUUGCUUUUUUCUUCUUCUCUGGGAGAGUGAAAGCAUUUGAGGACACUGCCCCCCAUCUCCAUUAUUACUGGGUACCAAUUUUGACCGUCGUGGUUGGCUCCUAUCUCAUCGCCCAUGGAUUCUUCAGUGUGUACGCUAUGUGUGUGGACACACUUUUCCUCUGCUUCUGUGAAGACCUGGAACGUAAUGACGGUUCAGCAGCGAGGCCUUAUUAUAUGUCCGCUACUCUCCGAGAGAUUCUCUGGAAGAACAUGCCGGAUGGUCCACCGUCUUCUGCUCAGCUACAGGAUGAAGAAAACAGUGGGCAGCAACAGCAGACUAAAGAGGAGGACACAUCUUUAGUAGUCAGGAGUUCUUUUGACCAGGACACUUAG